AUGAGGUCCGCUUCUGCUUUUGGGGCUUUUACCUUCACUGCUACAGUCUUUGCCAAUCUACACUUCGACUGGUAUAUACCUGAUGCCCCCGCACAAGGCAUCAGAAGCAUCACAUUUCCAAUGUAUCAGGCCGAUGCCCCUCGUAUUUCGGGCUACUACUUUGCGCAACAAUUUCAAAUCGUUGAUAGCAAUCCCAAUAACGGCGGCUUGGGGUAUACUGGCCUACAACCUGGGGAGGACAUCGACGGCAACAGCACCAUCUACGCCGUCUUUUCCAAUUUCGGCGCUGGCGUGACUACCAGCCAUCCUCAAUGUCGUGGUGGUGCAGAUGGUGCCAGGGACGGAGUUAGUUGCGCUCUGCGCUUUUCAGGAUCCUACGCACCUACAUACAACAUCUUGGUGGAAAAUAUUGGUGGAACAACAUGGCGUGGAACUAUUACGGACACGACUUCUGGAAUUCAGCGGGUCAUUGGUGAGUAUACCAUGCCACCUACGUCUGGACUGAUUCAGAAUUACAACAUCGGCUUUGUUGAAUACUAUCCCUGGAACGGAAAAGUUGCCAACUGCCCAGCACAGCCCAAGACCUCUGUCUGGUUUGGCAAACCUAUCGCUGCCGGUGUUCAAGGUACUCUGAGUGGACUUCGACACUCUUAUCCUUGUGAGGGUAAUGGUCAGGUCGCACUAUCUUCCUCCCCAACGACAAAUGGAUUGACAAUCAACUAUGGCAACGUCUAA